AUGUCGGUAAUAUGCGAAAGAAUCGAUUCUGAGAGCAUAUACCUUUUCAACGUUGUGCAUCCAUCCUCCUACUUCCGAUCUGCUCCACUUUGUGCACACUGGCCUGUAGGCGAAAAGUUCACAUCUGCCUCCAUCAUACAGAGCCCACCCACUCUUAAAGAUGUUGCACCGGUUGCUCAACCCUUCAGAGGCCAGAAACCGGGGCCCACUUGGAUGCUGAUACAAUUACGAGCUGUACAUGUGAGCUGUCGUCUUUCCAGGCCAGGCGUUGGCCGCGAGCUGGGCUCUCGAGUCGUGGCCCGUCGCCGCGACGAGAACCGUCUGCUCUGGCCACGCGCCGUCGAGCGACGGGCUCAGACCAACAAUUCACUCUUCAAAUAUUCUCCUCCAAAAGCCCGAGCUCAGAGGCUGGUCUCACCUCGCUUCAGGGUACGCCCAAGGCUGCACUCAGCCGGAUCGAUUUCCUCCUACUCGCCUGGCCUAAGCUCGGGCUGA